GAAACGCUUUAGCUGAUUACUUCCGGGUUAAUUUUCCAGGGCCAUCAUGGCAAAUACAGGUAGAUUGACCCUGGAUGGUGGAGAAACGAUGCGUUAUGCUGAAUACACUUCAAACUCAAACACCAGGAGCGACGCAGAGAUUGACAGACGAUUUGGGGGCACUCUGAUUGCAGUUGGACUCGGUGUAGCAGCUGCUGGAUUUGCAGGUCGCUAUGCGUUUCAGCUGUGGAAGCCUCUUGGACAGGUCCUCUCAGAGACUGUGAAGAAGAUGCCCACAUCAGCUUUCUCAGCUUACUAUAAAGGGGGUUUUGAGCAAAAGAUGUCCAGACGAGAGGCUUGCCUCGUUCUCGGCAUAGGCCCAACCAGCACAAAAUCCAAGGUCCGUGACGCCCACAGAAGGAUUAUGGUCUUAAACCAUCCAGAUAAAGGUGGUUCACCGUACCUCGCUGCUAAGAUUAACGAAGCCAAAGACCUUCUGGAAAAAGAGUCCCGACGAUGAUCACUGCACUGCCAACACUUAAAGACUUCCAGUUCAUGCUUGAUCUCAGCUCUGAAAAGCACCGACAUCAAACCUGGACAAAAAUAGGAUGACCAUGACAUUUUAGUUUUUAACAAUUUAUUUCAGCUGUCUGCUAGUCUUUUUUAUUUCCACUCAUCCUAAAGUGCUGGUUCCUUACCGGUUCACAUCGUGUGGUUGCCCUCCAGUCCUGACCAUUGUCCUGGCUUUUUUUUUUUUUAUUCCAAACUAGUGAAUCUGUUGUGUUAAUUAACACAGACCACAUAAUUGUGUGUUCAUAAAAUCAAUAAAUUGUUGAUGAGAAUAUAAAACAGAUUUUAAAAAAAUGUUGAGAGGGUUAAGAUGAGCUCAGUGCUGGGUAUUUACUACUUUAGGUCAACACAAACAGCAAUCUACAGAUUAUUCAAGGUGAGAACAUAGUUGUGAUUCAGUUGUUUGUUUUUUUUAAUUUGAGGUUUAUUAUUCACAAAAGAAAGUUCUUUUGUCUCACAGAUGUUUUUUUUUUACAGCGUUCAUGCAACACUAGAUACUACUCUAGUAUCUGGUAAGGUUAGUCCAGGCUCGGCCUGUCCUCAUGUCAACUGCUAGCUUGCUUUUGUAGCCUAUAUAUGUCUUUUUUUUAGUCCUUCUGCUGAAAAUGUACACUGUUCUCACUUCCUGUGGCCAUGCGUGUUCUACUGGAGACACUGAAGGUUCUUUUGAGACACUAAGCUCCUUACUUGUAACCAGAGGCAACAAAGAAGCGAGACACAUGUAGGAGGCACAGACUAAAACUUUAGUCUCCAUGAUGGCAGCAUGAAAACUUCACUUUCUUAGGUCAUCAAAUGGCAUGCUGGGAAGAAGAAAGCAUUUGUACUAAAAAAGGUUAUAAUACAGUCAACAAUCGUCAAGGAUGUUAUUAAUU